GAUGCUUGGACUUAUUUUUAGUGAGUUUUUGCCGAACACUCUAUUCUACCACAUUUUUAAUUCUGGGCUUGGUCAUGUUUCUGUUAGCUAUUCUCAUUAUCAUAUGCCACGAAUGCUCCGUUCAAUGUCCAAAUUGGUAUGUGCGGAUUGCCGUUUACGUGUUAAUGCCAACCUUACAAAAACACCGAAAGCUCUAAUCGAUCGUAAUGGAGUAACACUUUUGCUUGAAGGAGAUAUCGGAGUGAGUUUUUCUACCUUUAUAAAUUCAUAA